GAGGAAGCUGGCUACAGUGCCGGUGCUGCGUACCUCGUGGGAGCGUAGUGCAAGAGCGAUGGGUCCCUAGGCCGUCAGCCGAUUACGAUGAGUGCCACUAUAUUCGCUGAUAUUUUCCAUGGCUUCGUGCAGUCAUAGCUGGCUAACGGAGUAAGUGGUUCUGUAGCUUGGAGAUAGAUCUUCAUUGUCGAGGGUCUUGUUAUCCUGGCUAUCAGCUUUGGAUCGUUUUCCCUGACUCUGCCAUUUCAACGAGACGCAAAUAUUCUAACGCCGGAGGUGAAGAAAAUGCUCCUUGAUCGUCUCUAUACUAAAAUUGAGCACGAGGACAUUUCACUCGGGCUUGUUUUCUACUAUUUGAAGGACUGGAAGAUCUGGGCUCAGGUUAGCAGGUCUCCCCGCGUUUUGCGUGAGCGAUAUGUAUUCUACCUAGUCGACUUUCCCAUCCUCGCAGCGGGACUCAUUGUCCAGCUCACAUCCACGACACCGAUUGUGUAAUACACAGACGUUUUCUUCAUA